AUGUUGACCAAUCUCGUCUCCAGUACGUCUGCUCAUAGCGUGCUCUCGCUCACGAGACAGUUUUCUCAAACCUCUAUUAGUAGUGGUAAGAAGGCGUGGAAAUUCAAUGAAGCGCUUCUUAGAAAGAAGGCCAACAUCGGUCGUCAAAUCAGAAUUCAAGAUGAACUUGAUAAGGUUGAUCCAGUUUUAGGUCGUGCUGACACUCCAUUCAUUGACCGUAUUAAGGCUGCUGUGGUUGAACCAAGUUCCCUUUCUUAUGGCUACGAACGUGGAGAUGUAAACAACUUACUUUAUGGUGCCCAGCGCGCCCUUAUUGCCAAACGUCCAGGAUACAGUCAAGAGCAAAUCUUAAGAACUGAAGAACGCAGACGUGAAAUUGUGGCCAGAAUCUUAGAUAUCAAGAACUCUUCAUCUUCAAUUCAGCGUAAAUUGGGCAUCAAGUUAGCUCGUGAAGAAUUUGCCAGAUUCCCUGGUGAUAGUGGAAGUUCAGAAGUUCAAGCUGCCAUCAUGACUAUGAAGAUCCAUUACCUUACCGCACACAUGAAAAAAAAUAAAAAAGAUUUCCAAAACAUUCGCAGAUUGAGAAUGUUGGUACAGCAACGUCAAGCUAUUUUGCGUUAUUUAAAAAGAGACAACCCAAAACGUUACUAUUGGGCUAUUGAAAAAUUGGGAUUGACUGAUCAUACCGUGACAAUGGAAUUCAAUUUGGACAAAAGAUAUAUGGAGAAGUUCAAGGUUUUCGGGGAUGAUGUGUUGAUUAGAGAAAGUAAGAGUGUUGAAAGUAAGAAAUUGAGAGCUAAAACUAAACAAAAGAAAUCUUUGAGAAAAGCUUUGAAUGAAAAAGCCGCUCAGGAAGCUGAAGAGUUGGUUGAAGAAGUGGAAGUCAAAGAAUCUUCAGUGGAAUCUCCAAAAUCCUCUGAAGCUACAGUUUAG